AUGGCCGACGCAGCCCCCGAAGUCGAUGUGCCCGCCCCGGCCCCCAUCGCCGACCUGCCUUCAGGCGACCCGAUUCCGUCCUCCACACCCCCUUCCAAACCCCCAAAGCGCCAGCCCCUCCCCCUCGGCGCGCUGCUGGCCGCGCUACCCUCCAACCUCGACUCCUUCCUCGUCCGCCUCGAGAAAUGCCUCUCCACGCCCUCCGGCAUCGACACGGUGAUGCUCUUCCUCUGCUACGCCUCCAAGCUCAGCGGCUCGGUGCUCUCCUCGCUCUCGCAAUCCGCGCUCCGGCGUUCCGCGCGCGAGUGGAUCGCCCUAGUCGCGGCCCUCCCGCGCGGCAACACCCGUCGUCUUCUCCUCGCCCGCCGCGGGCCGCCGCAGCCCGGAGGCGGCAAGACAGCGCUCCCCACCUUCCGCCGCGCUCGGCCCUCCUCCUCUCCAAGCGCCUCACCUCGCUCUCCUUCCCUCCUCAGCGAAGCUCGCAUGAUCAUGCGCCUCCUGGUCGCUGCUCGGCAUGUAUUUCUUGGGCGCGCCUGCCUGCUCCCGCCACCACCUUCUCCUCCAGCAGCGCCCCCACAAACACCACCACCACCACCACCACCGACAAACCCCCCACCCCCGCCCCCACCCCCAGCAAACUGGCCUCCCUCCUCGAAUACAUCCGCCUCGCGCUCUGCAUCACCUUCCAGUCGCUCGAAAACGGCGCGUACCUGUCCUCGCGGGGGAUCAUGUCGUGGACGCCGGCGGAGCAGGGGCGGGCGUUCCAAGUGGAGCGCGCGGUUCUGGGCAGCCUACGUGGGGAUCGAGAUCGGGCGGCUGGCGGCGGAGCGGUUCGGGCCGACGGGGGCGAGGGCGUUCAAGACCAAGACGAAGCAGGAGAAGAGCGAGUGGACCAAGAAGACGGUGCGGCAGCUCGCGUGGGCGCCGUUAACGCUGCAUUGGGAGAGUGAUAAGGGGUUGGUGAGCGAUACGACGGUGGGGGUGCUGGCUUGUAUUCCGGGGGUUAUUCAGAUGCGGGAUUUGUGGGCUUCUACGGCUUGA